AUGGUGAUGGCUUCUCUGUUGACCCCCUAUUUGACUAAGCUCAGCGUCGUUGUCAAUCCUACGGGAGUUAUUCUUGGUGAUAAGGAUGAUAAAGGUGAUAAGGAUGAUAAAGGAGGAGGGUUGUGUUUGGAGGAUCACAUUAGUGGACUUCCAGAUGUUGUACUUGUUUCAAUCUUGUCGCUAUUGACAAUGAAAGAAGCUGGAAGAACUUGUAUCUUAUCAAAGAGAUGGAGGUAUAUCUGGACACACAUUAGUAGUUUGAACUUCGAUGCCUCACAUAUAAUCAAUGGAAUUCUACUCGGUGAAAAGGAAGUUGAAGUAGAAAAGCGUUUGUAUUUGAGUUGGGUUAAUCAAGUCUUGAAAUCGCACAACGCUUCAACUAUAGAUGAAUUCAGAGUAAACUUUGAUUUUGAUGAAAGUUAUAGAUUUGAUAUUGACAAUUGGGUUAACUUUGCAAUGGAAAAGAGAGUUAAAAGGCUUGAGUUGGACUUCACACACCGUACCGAUUAUAAUAGAGAGGAAGAGGAUUACAAUUUUCCUGACCCCAAUGGUAUUACAAAUCACCUUCCUUCAUUGUCUCUUUGGUUUACUAGUUGCAACCACCUGACCAAUCUCUUGUUGACACACGUUAAUGUUACCGGACAAGUUCUUGAGUACUUCUUAACUAACUGUCCAUUUUUGGAAAAAUUGUAUGUAAAACAUUCUGACUUUCUCGUAAAUCUGAAAGUUCCCCAUCUAUCACUUAAAUUGAAGCAUUUGGAGAUAAUUCGCUGCUUUAAUGUGGAAAGUAUUGAGAUUUUUGUAACGAAUCUCAUGUCAUUUAACUUUCUUUCUCAGCUAGAGAGCCUUACGCUGCAUAUUGCCAGCAUGACGCAGCAUACCUUUGAAGAUCCUGGUCUUGAAGAUACUAAAUUUCCUGUAUUAGAUAAACUCAAGCGACUGGAGUUGGUAGUUGGUGCAACGGAUAAUCAUAGCCAUACUGGUUUUACUCCCCUGAUAGAAACAUGUCCUUUCUUGGCUAAAUUUGUGUUCAAGCUUGUAUGGGUUAAGCCAUUUUGGAAAAGAAAGCAUGAUAGGUUUACUUCUCGGCCCCAUCAGUACCUUAAGGUGGUGGAGUUCAUUGGUUUUGUUGGGCGUACAAAUGAUGUUGAGCUUGCCAUGUAUUUAAUCAAAAGUGCUGUGAAUCUUGAGAAAUUUACUUUUGAUCCUCGAGAUCCACUUCUUAUAGGAACUCCAUGGGAGUUCAUGGUGACCAAGAAAAAAACAGCAGCGAGAAAGCGCGCCAAGAAGCUUGGAACCAAACUUCCUGUCGGAGCAGAUUUGGAUCUUCAAUCUGCAUUGAACAAUAAUGGGAAAGAACACAUUUCGUUUGUGGAAUGA